GUACUGGCUAGGGUGUGGUUCUGAGAUAAGAAACUGAGUCUUCAACAAGUUUACCCAGUUCUGUGUAGGUAAGCUCUUCAGAGAAGUCCUACCUUUCUGAGCAGCUAUUUUUGAUGAAAGCUGGUGGGAAAGGUUCCAGGACUACAUGUCCAAUUAGGAAACUUUAUAAGAGGUAGACACAUCUGCUGGUUUACCAGUGUUUCCAACUUCCUGCUGAGCUGAAAACUGCUUGUUUUGUGGAAGAGUAAAACUCAGCAGCAAACUCUAAAAUGAAAAGCCUCCAAACUUUUGAGGAACAAACGGAAUGCAUCGUGAACGCUCUACUCAAAGACUUCUUGGGUCCAACAUUGCAGGUUGCUAACCGGGACCUAUCCUGUAUGGAUGAACCAGAUUCAGGAGAGGCUUGCUCUUUUGAUGUGGCUAUCAUUGUUGGUCGCCUCCGGAUGUUGGGUGACGAGUUUAAUGGAGAAUUGGAAGCUUCUGCCAAAAACAUCAUUGCAGGAACCACUCUGGGACAGGUAGGACCUAUACUCCAGGAUACAGUGAAAUCUCUCAGCCAGGCAUGGUGUGCUCAAGAUUCCAGCUUAGCUUAUGAGAGAGCUUUUCUGUCGGUUUCAGUGAAACUUCUUGGGUAUGUGGUCAGUGUGGCAAGACAGCAGGCAAGACUUGAAAUGGCAAGACAGGUGGUUAUCCCCAUGAUAGACAUGAUCAAUGGGAACAGAGCCAUCCGGGAAUUCAUCGAGGGCCAAGGAGGUUGGGAAAAUUUGGAGAGCUGAAGAAGAGGUAGAGCUAUUCCCCAGAGUGAACAUCACUUCCUUGACUGAUUUUGUGAUUGAUUUCUUCAUUUGGUCAGAACUGAACUUAGCUGAAUAAAUUAUUUUCUACUGAUUGUUAAAGUUGGGAGCAGCUCCCAGAGGCCUACAGAAAUUUUCUACUUUCUGUUUUUACAUUAGUUUUAAUGAAGUUCUGUUGAAACAAAGACCUCUAGACACAAAAUAAUGACUUGUUAGUAGAGGAAUUCCAGACAACAGGGCAGGCCUUUGCUGGAUAUAUUUUGGGGGAAACGGAGAACAAUGGAAACUAUUCAUUUUCUGUUUGACUAAUGAUGUACUUUUUAUGAAAUAAAAUUCUUCUGUCUGUGGAUCUGAA